AGCGCGUUCCGGCCAUCUCCAGACUAGUCUCCGAGGGAACUGGGUGAUUGGAAAUGCUCUUCUUUGGCUCAGCGAUCGAGAUAUAAAAAGCGCCCCUUGAGGAUAGAGUUGGGGCUAAUACCCAUGGUGUUGUUUCUGCUGGUAUUAGCGGCCGUUGUUGAAUUGUCCGGGGAAGCCUGAAGAUUUAUUGUGGGGCAUCAAAUGCUGGGUAGGUAAACUUCACUCACUUACACCCCCUCUCAUAUCAUACAUAAAAGAAUCUUGCGCAACCAAACCCCCAAUUCCCAACCCCGACAGCUUGCCUCCCGUCUCACAUCGGAUAUUUCUGUCGGCUGUCAAAAUGCCAUUCCUGACACGCCAAUCACAUCCCCCAUAUGUAUCCCCAACCGCAGCUCCUUCCGCCCGCAAGACAUCGCCAAGCAACAUGAACUCGUCAGCUGCUCUCUUUCGCGGCCUGUGCGACCCAAAGAACCUCCACGUUGGAACACACGUAUAGAUUGGAGGAAGGAAACCCUUUUAUUGUGCUGCCUAGAUGCCUCGCAAAGUUGACGCUCAGCUGGGAAGAGGUAGCUACGGAGAGGUAGGUAAGCUGGUAUUAAUAGCAAGAGGAGAGAGCUGGUUUUGCCUUUGAGCCAUUGCGGUUGUCUAUCAUCAAUCAAUUUUUGUACAUGACAGACAAGAUUAAAGCUAUCACGAUAUCCCCAGCUCCAACGAACCUCAAAUCCCACAUCUAUCUCUCUCUCUCUCUCUCUCUCUCUCUCCCGCUAAAGACUACCUGCUACAACGAGGGCGAUAACAGCAAACAUGGACGAAGCACACUACAGAGACCUCGAUCGAUGCCCAGACUACUCCCCCUUCUUCGGAGCCCUAGGCUGCGCCCUCUCCAUAAUCCUCACCGUCUUCGGCGCCUCCUACGGCACCGCCAAGUCUUCUGCCGGGCUCUUCUCCUCCGGCGUCCUCCGCCCCGACCGCGUCAUGCAAAACACCCUCCCCUCCAUCAUGUCCCAAAUCCUUUCCAUCUACGGCCUCGUAAUCUCAGUCAUCAUAUCCUCCUCCCUGACCGAGUCCGUCCCCCUCUUCACCUCGUUCCUCCACCUAGCCGCCGGCCUCUCCGUCGGCCUCUGCGGUCUCGCCGCCGGCUUCUCCAUCGGCAUCGUCGGCGACGCAGGCAUCCGGGCGUCUACCCAGCAGCCUAGGCUCUACACCGGCAUGGUUCUCAUCCUUAUCUUUGCUGAGGUGUUGGGGUUGUAUGGCGUUAUUGUUAGUAUUCUCAUGAUCACUAGGAGUAGGGAGGGGAGGGCUUGUUUGGAGUAA